ACGUGGUCUGUAUCUCAUUCCUUCGUAGGUACCGUACCUAUUCACCAACUUCCCUCUACAUACCGACAAAACACAAUUUACAAAAUCAAUCAACCUCUACUUCAUACCGACCCUCCCGAAAUCCGAAAACCAUGAGUCUCCGCUCCACCCUCUCCAUCCCCACCGACGACACGGACAACUCAGGCCCAGCCCUCUCGCUCUCUCCGCCGGCCCGCAAACCCGCCACGCGCAAGGACCGCCGCAUCACCAGGAAGGGCAAAGAGCUGCAGCGUAAACACCUGCGCGAGAACCAGACGGUCGUGCGAUGGAUGCCGGACGGGAACGGGUUCUUGGUCUCCAAGGCGUUCAACGUGCGGGUUUUGGGCAUGGAUAGGAUGCUGACGGUUACGGUGCCGGUGUCGUGGAGGGGGGUUGGGGGCGUGGUUGUGCUGGGGGCGGUGGUGUUGGGUUAUUUGGGUUUUGGACGGGGGUUUAGUUGAUUUAUGGAUUGGUGGGUUGUGGAUGAUGUACUACUACGGGACAUGUACGAGGAUAAUUGUACAUAUGAAAACUCAUUCAUUCCCAAGAUUAUGUAGACCAGCGUUAACCGUUGACCGUCCGAU